ACUAUUUUUAUCAUACAAAAAUUGUUGCAGGCUUUUGCAGUGUACCCCUAUCGCCCCUCCUCCGGAUCCAAAUUAAGAAAUCAUUAACGGAUCAAAGUCUAUCUUCUUCGCUAUAGAUCCAGCGUACAUACAUUAAUGGCGGUCUGUGGAUCUUUAGCUCCUUCUUACCUAUUUAAACCAACGGUGCGGCUGAAGGCCCCACGCCGCCUCGCAACUGUGCUCCGCUCUCCAACUCGUGUCCAUCAACGAAAAUUACAAGUUCUACCUUCACCUGCCACGAAGGUGACCUCAUCUGUAUCAUUUAAGGAGUUGAUCGAGGAUCUCAUUGACCGUAAGGAUCUGUCUGAAGAAGAAGCUGAGUUUUCUCUUAAUUAUCUUCUGGAUGAGGGCAAUGAGGCACUCAUCAGUGCCUUUUUGGUUCUCCUGAGAGCCAAAGGGGAGGCGUUCGAGGAGAUUGUGGGUCUGGCUAGGGCAAUGUUCCAUUGCUGCCGGAAGGUUGAGGGCUUGGAGAACACUGUUGACAUUGUAGGAACUGGUGGUGAUGGAGCGAAUACUGUCAAUAUCUCCACUGGCGCUUCUAUUUUGGCUGCAGCAGCUGGUGCUCGAGUGGCGAAGCAAGGGAAUCGAUCGAGUUCUUCACAGUGUGGAAGUGCUGAUGUGUUGGAGGCAUUGGGUGUCAACAUCGAAUUAGGCCCUGAGGAAGUUAAAAGAUGUGUCGAAGAGGUAGGAAUUGGUUUUAUGAUGUCUUCCAAUUACCACCCAGCAAUGAAGUUGGUGAGUUCUGUAAGGAAGAAGCUUAAAGUGAAGACUGUAUUCAAUAUUCUCGGUCCAAUGCUGAACCCUGCUCGAGUUCCUUUUGCUGUUGUUGGCGUCUAUCAUGAAGAUUUAGUAAUGAAGAUGGCCUUGGCAUUGCAAAGAUUUGGAAUGCGAAGAGCAUUGGUGGUUCAUUCAGAGGGCCUUGAUGAAAUUAGUCCACUUGGAUCUGGCUAUCUUCUUGAUGUUACGCAAGAGAAGAUUGAAAGGUUGAACUUUGAUCCAUUGGAUUUUGGAAUUCCUCGUUGCUCUCUCAAUAACCUUAAAGGAGGUGAACCAAAGUUUAAUGCAGAUGUACUUAGGAAUGUGCUUUCUGGUGAGAAGGGACCAGUUGCUGAUGCUCUUGUCUUAAACGCAGCUGCUGCUCUUCUAGUAAGUGGCCUUGCUGACAGCUUUCAAGAUGGCAUGGCACUCGCUCAAGAGACGCAUCGAUCGGGGAAAGCCAUCGGCACACUCGAGGCUUGGAUAAAGCUUUCUAAUGCAGUUAGUUCCUUUGUCUGAACUUCCAAAUUCUUAUACUCUUGAGUACUGUGGGUGAUGCAUUGCAAAGUUUGCCUUGAAGAUCCCACUCGUAAUAUUCUCUGUUUCUUUUACCUUUUUUUUGUUCAUUUAAUAACAUUUUAAGACACAUUUCAUUCAAU